AUGCCGUCGACCGUUCCUCUCUACGAACUAUGCGUACCCCCGCUGCGGAAAGCAAUGCAGAACCAUUUGGUGGUUUUGAAGAAGGGUGAACAGUGGUGCGAUGAGAACGGAUAUCCGCACUCGAAAGUCCUCAGUGCCAGACUUGCACCGGAUAUGCAUCCACUCUCACUUCAAAUCUUCUUCCAAGUUACCACUGCGACGAAAGCGCUUGAACGUCUUGGUGGCAUGGCAGUACCCACGUUCGGGUUCGACGCGGCCUCUUUCCAAGAUCUAUACACACAGAUUGAGCAGGCUUUGGAAUGCUUCGAGAAGGCGCAACCCGAGGCGUUCGCUGGGAAAGUAGACAUGCCCGUCACGAUCGACGUGCCAAACAUGUGGCAUUUCGAAUUGAACGGCUUGACUUACUUGCAAGAGUUUGUUCUACCGAACUUGUAA